UAUGCAGACAAUGUCCAGGCUAUAGUAAACGAGGCAGCAAAGUCUUUAAAACAGGGCAAUGUCAUAGCUUUACCAACUGAUACCAUAUAUGGUAUUGCUGCAUUAGCACAGUCAACAGUGGCYGUGAAUCAGUUGUAUGACAUUAAAGAACGUCAUCAAGAGAAGCCSGUUGCUAUAUGUGUAGGAAAUAUUGAAGACAUAAAAAGGUGGGGUCAAGUAACAGUAAGUGAUGAAUUGCUGCAUGACUUACUACCUGGGCCAGUUACACUUGUCUUUAAGAGAACUAAUGAACUCAAYRCUGGACURAAUCCAGGAAAUGAACGAGUAGGAAUUCGUAUUCCAGAUCAUUCAUUUGUUAGACAACUAGCCUUAGCAUGUCAAGAACCAAUGGCAUURACCAGUGCAAAUAAAAGCUCAGGGAUGAGUACUCUAAAGAUAGAGGAAUCAAAAGAGAUCUUGUCACUAGUCCCUAACGGCCAAAAUGACUGUUACAAAGGAAGCCCAAAGGAGGAAAAAAGAGUUGCCUGUGGAGUAGGCUAGGUAUGCAGUGGUAUUUGGCUUUUGUAUCUUGAAUAUGGUAAACAAUUGACCUUCAGUUGUCUUGAAUGAGGUUGUACUUUUUCUGUUAAUUUCCAUGUCUUAUGCAAGGUGUCGAUGUUUAUUAGCAGGCUAUGAAGUCAAAAUGAAAAAAGGAAUGACAUAUCUUUCACGAGAAAACUAUCUGGUUUAUGUCUUAUAUAGGGUCUACAUUCAACCAUUUCAUCUUGAAGGGUAGAUACAUGUAUAGUGCAAAAAAACCCAGCUUGGAUAAAGAAGUGUUUGGCCUGCAUAAAUUAAGAACCUAAUGUGCUAUUCGCUUGAAAAAUAACCAUUUUUUGAUUUUCAACCAAUCAAAAAGCAGCUUGCAAUAAAAUGUAUAUUUUUAACAAAGGAAAGCAUUUUGAAUAUGUUGUUCACAUGCUCUAUGCAGGUGGAACUGUAACUCUAGUAGUACCAGGGACUGCAGAGCAUAUUUUUAGCUGGGGGCUAAAAUAACAACGAUGGAAGGCAAGACCAAGUACAGUGUGGACAUGAAUAUGUUAAACAGUUUAUAGCACUGUAUUUUUAAUUAUUUUAUGUUGUUCACAUUGUCAUUAUUUGAAUUUAACCCAUUCUGUUAUUCGU